AUGCUCUCUGCACUGCUCACUCUGGCGUUCCGGGACGAGUUUUCCCGAUCAGGUUUUCAGUCACCCUCACACCCUGCACUCUGUACUCUCUGCCAGGUGGAGCUACAGGAGAAGCUGCGCGUCUACGAGGAAAGGGCGAAACAGCAACCGCAGGACGCAGGAGCACACUGGUCUCUCGGUGGGCUUCGGCUGGCCCUGGGGAACUUCGCGGGCGCCGAGCGAGCUUACGCCGAGGCUGCGCGACUGGAGCCUGGUGACGAGUUCGUGCGCUUCGGCCUCGGCCAAGCGCGGGAGAAGCAGGGAAAGCUGGCGGCGGCCGCGGAGGCCUACGCUGCGGCUCAGCAUCUCGGCUACGACGGCGGCGAGGCGCUGAAUCGAGUCAGCAAGGAGAUAGAGAAGAAGGCCGCCGAGGCGGUCAAAAGUCCGGUGGAGACGCAGUAG